AUGUCAAGAUGGAAGGUGAAUAAGAAAGGUAAGGCUAUGCCUGGAGUGCCGUCAAAAGUUCUGUGGUAUUUUCCUCCAAUACCAAGAUUCAGAAGAAUGUUUCGUACUCGGGAAAUUGCGAAAGAGCUAGUUUGGCAUGCAGAUGAAAGAAAGCGUGACGGUAAGUUGCGUCAUCCAGCUGAUGCACCGGCUUGGAGAUUAGUAGACAACAAAUGGCCCGAUUUCGGUAACGAACCCAGAAAUCUUAGAUUAGCUUUAGCAACAGAUGGUAUGAAUCCACACAAUAUGAUGAAUUCUAACUAUAGUUGUUGGCCUGUUGUACUUGUCACGUACAACCUUCCUCCGUGGUUAUGCAUGAAGAGAAGAUUUAUGAUGCUAACUCUAUUGAUUUCUGGUCCCAAGCAACCCGGGAAUGAUAUUGAUGUAUACUUGGCACCCCUAAUUGAUGACUUGAAAGAGUUAUGGGAGAUAGGCAUCCAAGCAUAUGACGCACAUCGUUCUCAAAGCUUCACACUUAGAUCGGUUCUAUUAUGGACAAUCAAUGAUUUUCCUGCCUAUGGAAACUUGUCUGGGUGUUCUGUUAAAGGGUAUAAAGCAUGCCCGAUUUGUGCAGAUCAAACUCAUUCUAAAUGGCUACCGUACAGUAGAAAAGUAUCUUAUACAGGACACCGACAAUUUUUACCUGAAUCCCAUCCAUACCGAAGGCAGAAGAAAGCGUUUGACGGCGUACAAGAGUUGCGGGCUGCCCCAAAACCUCUAAGUGGCACAGAAGUUUUUGAAAGAAUGCAAGCAUGCAAUUGUGUGUGGGGAAAAACAAAGGGCAGAAAAAUAUCAGAUGAAGUGAAUUCUAAGAAGAGAAAGAAAAAGGAUAAAAAAGAGCAAAAUGAGACAAAAGAGUCAGUUGGUCCUUCCGUAGGCAACUCAUGUUUCAAGAAAAAGUCAAUUUUCUAUGAGUUAGAGUAUUGGCAAUAUUUACAUGUUCGUCACAUACUCGAUGUGAUGCACAUUGAAAAAAAUGUUCUAGAAAGUCUAAUCGGUACAUUGUUGGAUAUUCCUGGGAAAACGAAGGAUGGAGUUGCUGCGAGAAUGGAUUUGCAAUUGCUUCCAAUAGCUAUUCGUGGUGUUUUGCCUAAGCAUGUGAGGAUUGCCAUUACUAGGUUGUGUCACUUUUUCAAUGAUAUAUGCAAUAAAGAGAUAGAUGUGCCUAGGUUGGAAGUAAUUCAAAAAGACAUAGUGACAACUUUGUGCCUGCUUGAGAAAUACUUCACACCUUCAUUUUUUGACAUCAUGGGGUAUGUACGCAAUCGUCAUCGACCAGAAGGGUGUAUUGCCGAGUCAUAUAUUGUAGAAGAGGCUGUUGAAUAUUGCUCGGAAUACUUAGCCAAUACAUACACUAUAGGGAUCCCAUCUUCUAAUCUGAAGGACAACCUGACAGAGUCUUCAUCAAGAGCUACAGUAAAAGUAAUCAGUGAUGAAGAAUGGGAGCAAGCUCAUCGUUAUGUGCUAACAAACGAUGCCGAUAUUGAUCCCUAUAUUGAGGCUCACAUGGCACAUUUGACAACAAUGUUUCCUAAGAAAGCUAAGAUAAAGAAAUGGCUUCAAGAGGAACACAAUAGGCUUUUUAUUACUUGGAUGCGUGAGCAAGUUGCAAAUACAGCUAUCGACUCUAGAUUGAGAUUUCUUUCUUUUGGGCCUAGCAAACGUGUAACACAAUAUGCUAGUUACACUAUUGAUGGUUUUGUUUUUAAUACAAAAAACCGUGAUGAUUUUAGAGUGGCUCAAAAUUCUGGAGUUAGCAUACAUGCAAGUGUUAUGCAAGUUGCUAGUUCGAAAGAUAAAAAUCCAAUUGUUUGUGACAUGUUAUUUUAUGGAAGAAUUGAGGAAAUAUGGGAGCUUGAUUACACUGCAUUCCGUGUUGUAGUAUUUAAGUGUAGUUGGGUAGACAACAAAAGUGGCGUAAGAGUGGAUGAUUCUGGCUUUACCUUAGUGAAUUUGAAUAAAUUAGGGUACAAGACAGAUUCAUUUAUAUUGGGUAAUCAAGCUAAACAAGUGUUCUACAUUCAAGAUCCUGAGGAUGAAGCAUGGUCUGUAGUUCUUGCUAGUCCCAACAAACGAUACACUGAAGAAGUCAAUCGUGAUAAUAUGGGAGACAUUUCUGUCCAACUCCAAGGUUUUUCAAGCACAGUGCCUGUAGUUGAUUCAAACAAUGCGUCAGAUGAAAAUGAACCACCAUGUGUGCGUGAAGACUGUGAUGUUAUUUGGGUUGACAAUGCUAAUAUGUAG